AAACGACAGGACCUAAACUCAAGAUCUGGAAUCUCCACUCCCAAAGACUGCAGACAAGGAAAAGUCGGGGUGACAGAUAACUUCGUGGAAAUCUUGGGAUAAUGGGCUGCUCGUCUCUCACUUCUGCUCAAGUCUCAAGCCCCUCUUAACUUCUCUCUGCGUGAUCUGCAUCAUACAGCAGACUGCCGCAGAUCCGGUGCACACCUAGGUGUGUCCUCUCGGAACCCGACACUCAUCCGCCAACUCAUUCCACAUUCGUUAUUUUCUCAACUAUUCUGGUUAGGCGUCUCAACUCUGAGCCCUGAUCUCGACAGAGUCAUGGCAGACCCUACCGGUUUUGGCCAUGUUCACCCCCUCAAACUCUUCGAUGUGGCCAAAAAGGAAAGGAGAUUUCUCUACACGUCGGCGCCGAUGGUGAGAUAUAGCAAGCUCGCCUUCCGCCACACAGUCUUUGCAUAUGGCACCGACCUCUGCUGGACGCCCAUGAUCCUGGCCAAAGAGUUCAACCGAAACAAGUUCGCCCGAGACAGCGACUUCACCGUGUCCACCGAGGGCCCCCAGCCCCCGACCAUUGUGCAGUUCGGUGCCAACUCGCCGCUCGAGCUGGCACGGGCGUCGUCGCUGGUCGCACCCUUUAGCAGCGGCGUCGACCUGAACUGCGGCUGUCCGCAGUCGUGGGCGUGCGCCGAGACUAUGGGCGCUGCCCUGAUGGAGCGGCGCGAGCUGGUCCGCAACAUGGUCGUCGAGACGCGCGAGCACCUGCGUCGCGACGGCUGGGCCGUCGGCAAGGACAAGGACAUGGACAGCCCUAGGGGGAGGAGCGUCAGCGUCAAGAUCCGAGUGCACAAGGACCUGCGCAAGACGAUGGAUUUCAUCACGACGGUGCUCGGCCCCGAGCACGACCGCCACGUCGACUUCCUAACGAUCCACCCGCGGACACGGUCGACGCCGUCCAGCACGCCCAUCAACGUAGAGGCACUGUCGCUGCUGACAUCAACAUUCGGCGACCGCGUGCCGAUCCUCGUGUCGGGGGACGUGUUUGCGCUCAGCGCGCUGCCGUUCGCGUCGCCCUAUUCCACCUUUACCAGUUCCGCCACCACUGACACAACAACGACACCAUUGCUCAACGUGCCCAAGCUCGCGGGAUUAAUGUCUGCGCGCGCCCUGCUGGCCAACCCGGCGCUGUACGCGGGCCACGACGCGUGCCCGUGGUCGGCGGUCGAGGCGUUCAUGCGGUACGCGGCGCGGUGCCCGCUACCCCUAAAACUGGUGCAGCACCACGUCGGCGAGAUGUGCGGGCCGGGCAUGGGGCCCAACAAGCGGGCGCUGCUGGGGCGGGCGGGGCGCAGCGCCAUGCUGGCGUGCGCUAACAUGGUGGACCUAGUUGAUUUCCUCGACGAGAAGCGGAAGGCGGCGGCCAUCAGGGAGGCCGACGGCGGUGCUGGUGCUACUGCUGUUGUUCAGGGGCUGGGGAGGCGAGACGAGCCAGGCCAUGUUUCUAGGAUAGGUAGCCUAGUCAGGUAGCCGGGCAAUAGACUACAUGCUCAAGACA